AUGGCCGAGCACGACGCGCCCCCCGAGUCCGGCGCCGCGAGGUCCCCGCCGGCCAAAAAGCGCGGCGGCGACGCCCGCUCCCCCCAGCAGGAUGCGCAGCCUUUGAGUUCCAGAGACCGGGUCAGGGAGCGCGAUGAGGACAAGGACAGGGAGCGCCACAGGCGCCACGGGGAAGACCGAGAGAGGUACCGGGACAGGGAGAGUGUCCGUGAACGCGGUGAAGGGAGCAGGGAUCGUGAGCGCCACCGUCGCGAGCACCGUGAAGAGAGCAGGGAUCGUGAGCGCCACCAUCGCGAGCACCGUGAAGGGAGCAGGGAUCGCGAGCGCCACCAUCGCGAGCACCGUGAAGGGAGCAGGGAUCGUGAACGCCACCAUCGCGAGCACCGUGAAGGGAGCAGGGAUCGUGAGCGCCACCAUCGCGACCACCGUGAAGGGAGCAGGGAUCGUGAGCGCCACCAUCGCGACCACCGUGAAAGGAGUGAGAGAAGGGAGCACCGUGACCGUUCCGAUGACCGUGACUACCGCCGGAGCUGUGAUCGUGACGCCGAAAGAAGGGACCGUGAUAGAGAUGGCCACAGAAGGCAUCGCUCCCGCUCCCGCUCCCGUUCGGAGAGUCAGAGCAAACGCAUGAGUGGAUUUGACCAGGCACCAUCAGAAGCCAUUCCUAUACUCGCUCCCACUGCAACCCCAGUUCAGCUACCUGAACUUCCUGCUGCUAAUCCUGGGAUGUUUCCGAACAUGCUCCCAAACUUGGUCAAUGUACCUGCCCUAGGACAGCCACUAGCCAUGACACAACAGGCUACUCGGCAUGCUCGUCGUGUUUAUGUCGGUGGACUUCCUCCAAUCGCCAAUGAACAGACGGUUGCUGUAUUCUUCAAUCAAGUUAUGGCUGCUAUCGGAGGAAACACAUUUGCUCUAGGUCAUGCAGUUGUUAAUGUAUACAUAAACCACGACAAGAAAUUUGCUUUUGUUGAGAUGAGGUCUGUGGAGGAAGCAAGCAAUGCAAUGGCCUUGGAUGGUAUAAUGUUUGAGGGAGCACCAGUGAAAGUUAGGAGGCCGACAGACUACAAUCCUUCCCAGGCAGCUGCAUUGGGUCCGAGCCAGCCGAACCCCAACCUCAAUCUCGCUGCUGUUGGCUUGACACCUGGAGCAGGUGGAGGUUUAGAAGGCCCUGACCGCAUUUUUGUGGGUGGUCUACCCUACUACUUCACAGAGGCUCAAGUGCGGGAGUUGCUUGAAACUUUUGGACCUCUUCGUGGAUUUGACAUUGUGAAGGAUAAGGAAACUGGCAACUCGAAGGGAUAUGCCUUCUGUUUGUACAAGGAUGUGACUGUCACCGACAUUGCCUGUGCUGCUCUGAACGGUAUCCAGUUGGGUGACAGGACUCUCACAGUCAGGCGAGCAAACCAAGGAGCAGAACCUAGGCCAGAGCAAGAAAACAUCCUCCUGCAGGCACAGCAAGAGGCGCAAAUGAAGAGACUCGUGUAUGAAGUCGGCGGAGCCCUAGCGACAAAGGUGGUAUGCCUGACCCAGGUGGUUUCAGCAGAUGACCUUAGAGAUGAUGAGGAAUACAAUGACAUACUGGAAGACAUGACGCUAGAAGGACACAAAUAUGGUAACCUGGUGCAAGCUGUGAUCCCACGACCCCAUCCCAGCGGUGAUCCUGUCGCUGGAGUUGGCAAGGUGUUUUUGGAGUAUGCCGAUGUGGAGAGCUCGGCCAAGGCAAGGAUCGGGAUGCAUGGGAGGAAGUUCGACGGGAAGGAGACGGUCGCCGUGUUCUACCCCGAGAACAAGUUCGCUGAAGGCGACUACGACUCUUAG